UGCUGCGCCUGCGUUUUCUUCAGCUGAUGCGACUGCGUUUUCUUCCGCUGUUGCGACUGGAGGAAGAGGAACGUGUUCUUCGCAAGAAGGAAGAGGGAAGGUGAUCUGCGAUUGUUGCGAUUGAAGGAAGACGUAAAGAGGGAAAACCAUUGUUAACAGGAAAAAUUACAAGCUGCAAUUAAGGAUUCUGUGUCUGAAAAUGAGGCAUUUAAGAAAGUAUUUGGAAAAGAACAUCCUGGAUAUGUUCGUAGUAUGGGACUUGGAGUUACGUCAUCUCAAAUUAAUAGAUCUACGAGAUCGGCGCCUUCUUUGGAAGAAAAUGAAAAAAUAAAGGAAAUGCAAGAAGAAAUUAAUGCACUUAAAGAAAAGAAUUCAAAAAUUGAUGAAUUGAUGGAUGCAGUCGCAUUCUUAAAGCAAAGGGACAAUGCUAUGACAGAGGAAGUUGAGCGCUUAAGACAAAUGCAAAAUUCUAGUGGAAGACAGGGAUUGGAAUCACCUGCUGAUGGUAGACGCUCUUCUGAGUCUAACUACCGAAUUGCAGAUAAUGGAUCAUCAGGCAGGACAAAUUAGACGUUGAAUUAAUUAGAUUAUGAAUUUUCCUAUGUAUUUUUGGCACUAUAUAUGAAUCUUAUUAUUAUAAAAUUAGGAUUUGAUAUGUUUUUCGAUUUUUUGUAUUACAUGACAUGAUUAUG